AUGGCGAUAUCCGGUAAUAAUGUGUUCAUGCGGGGCGAGUGGAGCGUGGGCCACAUUCAGAGUCGCUGGCCGUCGCUGGCAAUGUGGGUCCCCCCGGCAGUGGACCCCUCGCAGCGUCCGCUGCUGCUGUGCAGCGUGGCCCCGGGGCUGUCCCCCGCACAGCGCCACGUCUGCCGGCAGCAGCCGCACUUCGCGAAGCUCGUGGUGGACGGCGCGCGGCUGGCGAUCGCCGAGUACCGGCAACCAGUUCCAGACAACGUCAAAUACGGACGCCAUUUCGCCAAGUUGUUCUUGGACGCGGGCGUCAAAGACCGCUGGAGGCAAGGAGGGCGACGCAAGUCUUUGUCGAAGUUCCUCCUGAUGGAACUGCACAACAACGAAGCGGGCCGGCGGGCGGUGGAAGACCUGUCGUACUUCAAAUGCGGUUGCGCCGAGAGAACCGGCGAAUGUGUCGGCGUCUGCUUGCCGCGGCUCCAAGACUUUCGCAGCGUCGGCGACUUUCUGAAGGAAAAGUACAACGUAAGUUCCGCCAUGCGGCUGGUGAGGAGCAACAGCAGCAGCAGCGACGUCGCGCGCUGGCGCCUGCAGCCGGUGAACGAGUGGCUGCCGGCGCCCGGAGCGAGCGAGCUGGUGCACGUGGAGGCCAGCCCGGAGUACUGCGUCCGCGGCGCUCCCGGCGGAGCUCCGGCGAGGCGGCGCUGCAACGACACCUCCGAGGCAAACGAGCGAUGCUCCGACAUCAACGCCGCGUGCUGCGACACGGGAUACGACAUCUCGCAAGUCACGCUGCAGAUGCAGUGCGGGUGCAAGGAGCAGCUUAAGCGGAACGUCAAGUGCAAGCUUUGCCCGUGGACCGUCGAUCAAUUCGUUUGCAAGUAGCCUCGCGACCCGGUCUAGGGGUGGCCUGAGAUCGCG